CUUACUAUUUGCUCUAUGUAGUAGACGCAUUUUGUUGAGAUGAAAAAUCUAUUUUAUGCAUAUUUUUGAACACUUUUCACAGUUGAUUUGAAUCAAUGUUAUUCUUUCGAAAGUGAUUGAAGCUUAAUGUUUUAAACUGUUUCGUCAGUCAAGGCAGACAUUUUCAGCAAAAAGACAUAAGAAAUCUUGUAACGUUUCGAGUUGCGGUAAUGGCUCAAAUUUCGUAUUUUCUCGGCUGCUUUAGAGGCGGAAUUUUUCUUUCAUCAGACUAAAAGCUUCAAACCAAAAAACAAUAUUUUACGGUCAAUUGAAGGCUUUUAAGAAAUAGCCAUUAUUUCUGAAAUUUAUUCAUAUGCCCUCCAAAGGAAACCAUUAGAAGAAAUGACGUCAACAACCACAACCAUCGCAGAUCAACAUCACCAGAGGACGGUGGAAGACAUCCCCUUAAUCAACCGGAUCUUACCUAUCAGUGGAAUCCUUAUCUUCCUCGCUCUCGUCAUCAUUAUUUUUGACCUGGCCCGCAAAAAAUGUUUCUCAUGGAAGAACACAUUCGUCACCACAGGAAUUCUAUUCGAGGGCGGACUGGACGAGGAGUAUCUAUUCCACGACGGCCAAACUGAACUCAAAUACUCCCCCUCCCCCUCUACUUCCCAUAACCAGACUUCGGACAGAGACGGAGUCAAAACCAGUACCACCCAGUUGCGUCCAGAACGUGAAAAUCUGGACCUGGCUAUUUUGUCACUAUCAGCCGGAGAUCACCUUGUUGAAGAUUUGAACAGUCAUAAAAAGUACUUAAUUAGUACUAGCUAUGUUGAGAAGUCAAACAGCGAUGUGCCAGAAACUAUAGAGUCAAACAAUAACAAUGUUGAGCCUCAUGAUCCGCAUGAAAUUGACAUCAAUAUUUAUAACGACAAAGGCGACUUGAAAUUUGAAGAUAACAAUAGUCGGAGGACAUCAAAACAUACUAUUGUACAGUUGCCGAAUGAAGACUUGUCUAUCAUGAACACGGAACAGAUCAAAUCAAUUCUGACCAAUCAAAGCACAGCUAAAAUUGAGGUUUACGAUGACGUAAUUGUUACGAACGAAGUGCACUCGAAGGCGAAGAAGAAAACAAGCACUUCUAAUUUGAUGCCUCUGGCAACCAAAAUCAGACCUUUGAUAGUCAAUAGAACGCCGAAAACGUCUCUACCAUGCAUGGGAAAUCCUAAAAUUGAGAAAAGUACAAAUCAUCGUCGUCUACGAGGCAUAAGCUCUGCGAGUUUUUAA